GUGCGCGCAAUGCGCAUACAAUUGUAACCUGUACCACGACGUCGAAAGUCUGAGUCGCGACUUCGCGCAGCCCUCCCGUCGCCCUCAAGAUAUCCUCUCCAACAAUGUCGACAGUGACCCGCGACCAUUCGACCAUACAAAAAACGCCGCAGGUGCAGCUAAGGCCCUUCGCCGGUCGUAGUGGGAUCAGAGCAGCAGGCGUUGGUCUACACACAUGUCCAUGCAGCGUGUGUCGCGCGAACCCACGUAGCGAUCUUCAAACCCGACGAAAUAUUUUAAAGCACAAAAAGAAGGACGAACAGCGCAAGUACACAGCUCGCCUCCUCGAAGCUCACAGAGAGACUGAGGAGCGCGAGGCUCUUGCAUGUACGACCUCAAAAAAAGCGCAAGGCUUGAAGCUUACCGAGAUGGUCACUGACUCGGAGAAUGGAGCCAAUGCACAGGCUGAGGAAUCCCGUGCGCAUAUAGCUCGGAGGCAGGACGACGACUUAACUGUUGCUCGAGCUCCAGUAGCAGACUUGCACUCUCCAUUUCCAACAUCCCGUCAAAGCUCGGUCUUGAGCUAUGUUGAUCAAUACAUGGCCGUGCCAUACUCGGAUUUGCGGGCUCAUGUGCAUGAACAUGCAACGCCCAUCCGAUACGCGCACUCGAACGCGAGCGAUUCGGAGGCUGCACUGGCAAACAAAGGCGAGCAAGUUCGUGUCGUUCGACUCUCCUGACUCAGGAGAGUCGGACGGUACCGCUUCUGCGCGGUUUCGCGUACUACUUGCUCGUCUUGGGCUGCCACUGAGGAGAAAGAAGAGUCCCUCGACCCGUACUGCGGAGACGAUUGAAAACCAGCUCAGCGUCGUGCAGGACAUGUACCUCAGGCCGAGCGGUUCGACAAAUGAAUAUUUAUGGGUUCGUGUCGACCUACAUCUAUGACGCUAUAAUGCAGACGACGGAUGGUACAUGCGAC